AAUUGGUAGCAAAGUUCAAGGAUUCUCAAGAGCACAUUUCUCAGAGAGAGAAAGAGAACGAGUGUGUUGGAGUUAGAAUAUACACAAGGGACCUGAGUUGGAAAGACUGAAAUGAUUGGAUAAUAUUUGUGCUUCAUUGAAGAGAAAUGCAAAUUGGAUGCUGAGGGGCUCGACCGUAUGAUUUAAAGGGCUAUCAUUAAUCAAGGACAGCGCAAGUAGAGAACAUGGCAGAGAGCAAGGCCAGCAUCAGCUCGAAAGGAGGUGCCAACGUGCUUGCUAAACGAGUGCAGAAACAGUUCAACCGAGCACAGGAGAAGGUCUUGCAGAGGCUCGGCAAAUCUGAGGAGACCAAAGAUGAGCACUUUGAGCAGUGCGUGAUGAACCUUCACAUGCAACAGAGCGAUGGAUACAGAAUAUACAAGGAUCUUAAAGCGUACCUGAACGCUGUCACAGUAAUGAGGGAUGCUUCCAGUCGGUUGUUUCAGUCCUUGUUUGACGCUUAUGAUGAUGGAUGGGAUGGCGGACAAGAUCUUGGAGAAGUUGUGGAGGGAGAAGAUCUGCUGUGGAAGGAUUAUGAAAGCAAGCUGCACGAUCAGGCAUUAAUCACUAUGGAGUCUUACAUGAGCCAGUUUCCGGAUGUCAAGGACAGAGUGGCCAAGCGAAACAGGAAACUCGUGGACUAUGACUCUGCUCGCCAUCAGCUGACAGGGCUGCAGAAUGCUAAGAAGAGGGACGAUAUCAAAAUUGGAAAGGCAGAAGAUGAGAUGAAUGCGGCCAAAGUGAUAUUUGAAGAUAUGAACAGGGAACUGAAAAUGGAACUGCCUAUUUUGUUUGACAGUCGCAUUGGAUGCUAUGUCACAGUGUUCCAAGCCGUUUGCAACCUCAGAGACAUCUUCUACAAGGAAAUUACCAAGAACAAUGAUGAUCUCCAGACUGUGAUGAAAGAGUUGAGCGCUCAGCAUCCUGACAAGAGCUUUGUCGUGAAGAACUUCAAUCGCUCGGGCUCCUUGAAGAGAAGGUCAUUUAGGGACACUUUGUCCCCCAGAUCACUUAAAAGCUUUUAUGAUUUCCACAUGACUCUGAACCCCAGAGGCUCUCUCAGGAGAGACAACUCUUCCAGUUUUCGGUCUGACAGACCAGCUUAUGGCACCUACAGCCCCACCAGCCCUGUACCCAUUUAUGAGAACGUCUCCGGUUCCAAAGGUGCAAAAGACAGCCCUGCAAAAUUAGGCUAUCCCACAGAAGAAGAGGAAGAAGAAGGCACUUCCUCCCAUGAGCCACAGCUGGAUGGAUCCAAUGCUUCUGAAGACAAAUCAGUGGUGGAAGGCAAGAAAGAUGAAAAGAAAGAGUCACCGCAAGCUUCAAAUCAAGACGGACAGGGAGAGUCUUCUGAGGAGGACAACAAUGAAACUGAACUGAAGACCAACUCAAACUCCAAAAACAGAGCAGAGAAGCCAGUGGAGAAGGAUGAUGGGAGUUCUGGUGUGGGGAAUGGGAUAGAUCCCGCUGAGAAAGAAAAGGAUGCCUCAUGCCAUGCUCUUAACAAGGAUGAGCGUCCACCAGGAGAAGUGAAGGAAGGAGCAAAGACCUGUAAAUAGCAGACAAAAGAAAAGAUCUACUGUCUAUUGCCAAAAUCUGGAACCAGACAUGAAAAGCGCAACAUAACGGAGGAUGUCUGAACACUUCCUUAUGUGAAAUCAUUAUUUUUUUAUUUGUUUUUUUCAUUUCUCACCAUUCAGAGGAUCGCUUAAAAUUUGGGUUUUAAUUCGAGUACAGUUUAUUUUAUAAAUUACUUUUCUGUAUUGUCUUUUAUGCUUCACGUGUGGUGGUCUGCCUGUUUUUUCCCCCCAAUUUAUCAAUGUAAAACAUCCAUUUAUAUAACUGAUGAAAUGUAUAACAGUAAACAGUGGACAUGGUUGUUAUGUACUUCACAGUCUUCCAUUAAAAAUAGUGUAAUACAAAUGAA